AACGCAUCACAGCAUUCACCUCGUCAUCUUUCUGAAGCUGCACCAUGAAGACACACGACGAGCACAGAACAGUUUAUAGACUACAUGUGAAUCAUGUUGUGACAGGAAGUGGUGUUUUUUUUUGAUUCACCCCGAGGUCCUGGUGUACGUGAAACUGAGCAGAAGAUGUUGAGUUUGUGGUUUAGCUGUUUUUAGUCAAACAUCAUUUUGCAUCACCUUUCAGUUUCACGUUGUGCUUUUUCAAAUUUGUUUUCUAACACCUAGAAAGAGAAGUAGUUUGAACCUCAUGCUGGUCUUCUUUCUGGUCCUGAAGUCUCGUUUAGGAGCUGAUCAUGAAACCUGCUCAAAUGUUUUAAAUGAUAUUCACAGAGCUUCAGAAGCAGACAGAAGAAUAAAGAGAGAACAGAUAAAGAGCAACAUCAGAAUAAUAAGAUUCAAAGUGAACCCAACAUGACAGAAUCAAAUAUAAAGCUGAAGAGAAACACACGAGCUGCAUGUCAUGAGACAAUAAAGCAAAGUGAAGAAUAAUAAAGAGAAACUUCUGCAGACAUGUUUCUGUCUCGAUGAGGAGAAAAAGCAACUGAAAGCUUUCAGUCACAGGUUGGUUUCUGGUUUUCCGACCUGCCGUCUUCCUCUAUUUUACAGUCUCAUUUAUAUCCUGACGCUCCGCCUCUUUAUGUACAGUCUCUUGUCUCCAUGUAACGAGGUGAUAUCGUCGUCAGGGAUUUUAUUUCUCUUUGUUCCUUAAUCUGAGUGAGAUGACGUCUUCAGCCCCAGAAAACUUUGAUUAAAAUGAAGUUCAGAAGAAAUCCUCGGUUCACGGCUUUAUUGCUGAUUUUUAUGAUGAAUAUAUUCGUAAGUCAAACCCCCACCUGCCAUUGGACAGAAUAUCUGUUUGGAGACGCGUGCUGUCCGAUGUGUCCCAGCGGAAAUCGAGUUAAAACAGACUGUGAGGAGGACAAAAGUACAUCCUGUCAGCCGUGCACAGAGGGGACUUUCAUGAAUAAAAUGAACAGACUAAAAAAAUGUUUUCCCUGCAGAGAAUGUGGAGCAGGUUCUGGUCUGAAGAUGAAGACGUCGUGUACGAUACGAUCAGACACAGUUUGUGAACCUCUGGAAGGAUUUUACUGCUCAGAGUUUCCAGGGUACGACUGUUUUGAAGCAAAGAAACACAGACGCUGUGAACCAGGAGAAUACAUCAGUCAGAGAGGAACUUCCUCCACAGACACUGUGUGCUCGACCUGCUCUGAUGGAACAUUUUCAGAUGGGACGUUUACAUCUUGUCAGAAUCACAAACAAUGUGAAUCAGAGGAUCUGCUGCUGCUGAGAGCAGGAACUAAGACAGAGGACGCUCAGUGUGGAGAUAUACCAUCAGACUGGACUGGACUGAUAGUCGGUGUUGUUGUGCUCAGAGGGUCUAACCUGGAUACGAGGAAGGACUUCAGGUCCCACCAGGGCCACAAAGGACGAAAUGUGAGCCCACAUGGAGUCCUGGGUGGUGUGGGUUUACUCUAA